AUGUCCAAUUCAAAAAGAGUUCAAAAGCGUGCUGCCAAGGAUACCGAUUCUCAAAAAAGUACAACGACGACUACUUCAAAAUCAACAUCCUCGCCUAACGGUAGCAACAACAAAGAUGCUGCUGCCAUCACAUCCAAUGAUGUUACUGUACAGAAAACAAGUUCCAGUUCUAAUUCACUAGGUGCUGGUGCAUAUAUAGGAAUUGGAUUGGGAAUAUUGGUGGCUAUUGGUUUGGCUGGAUUUUUUCUACGAAAAAAAAUCAAUCGUCGUAAAGAUUCGGAGGAUAAAGAGUGGAAUAGAAAUCCUGAUGAAUCACAAACUAGAUCAUUGGACUUUUCUAAGACACCAGCGUAUAAUGAUGUUUCUGGUCUAAACUCUUCGGCAUAUUCAAAACAAGCCCCACAAUAUGCAUCGGAUUCUUCGAACUAUACCCCACAAAUGACGCAAACCAAGAAUGUCAAUUCUAGUACAAAAGACGACACAUCGAAUUAUAAUGUAGCCUCGUCCGGUGGUGCUACUUGGGAUUACUUGUAUGGCACGAAUGAAAGUGAUAAAGAAAAGUCUGCUGAUGUGUCUAAUGAAAAACCGACGCAGUCCACCUUUUCCAAACAAUGGUUAACAGAUCUGCCACUUCUGAAUCAGCAUAAUAGUAUAACCUCUAAUUCACGUUUCUCUGAUCUUAGCAGCAACAAUAAUUCUCGACCUAUAUCUCCCAUCAGCAAUAACUCUGGUGCAAGAUUACUUUCUCCAAAGAAGACAGAUUCUGACACAUUUUCUUACUAUAAUGAAAAUCGAGAAUCAUUACAAAAUGUACUUCAGUCUGACGAUGCUUUUUCAUCUGUUCCUUUAGAUGAUAAACCUCCAACUUCAUCAUCUUCGCAAUCUUCACAGACUAAGAGUAAAAAAGAUAAAAGGAUUUCCUCGCCACUUCUUCCCACUUUUUCUUCAUUAUCUUCACAAUUUGAAAGUAAAAAAAGUAAAAGGAUUUCUUCUCCACUUCGUCCCACUUCUUCGUUAUCUCCAAAAGAUGAUAAGAAGUUGUUUUUACGACUUUCUAAAGAUCUUGAAAAAGAAAAACCAGACCGAUCAUCUUUCGUUGAACAUAUGGAAAUGAUGCUUCAGAAUUUCGGCGCAAGUAAAACAACGCUAAAUAUGCCUGAAUUUGCUCAAAAACGGCCGGAUUCGCAUCCUUUGGAGGGUUUAGAAGAUAUAUUGGCGCAAUUCACGCCUACCGAUCAAAGCAGUAAAGCAACAACUCAGCAAACUAAUAAUAGUUCCGGUGCUGUUAAUACCACUCCACAAACUCCCAAUCCUACUCAUAAUAGGAACUCGAGAUUGAUAAGAAAUACACCAUCACCUUCGCCAAUAAAUAUACCCGAAGCUCGGAUCUUUAUUAAAAAAGAUGAAGCUCCCCUAGAUCCAAUUCCUCAAUCUAAUCCUUCUUCCCCCCCAGUAGUAAAAAGUUCAGGAAUCUCAACACCUCCUUCAGUGUUAUCUUUGUCCCCAAAAGAUAAGACUGCUAGCCAGGAGUCUAAGUCUAGUCCUCUUAAACCAAUUUCAACACUCCCUUCGAUUGAAAAUACUAUUUUGAAGAAGUCAUUAACGGAAGAACCAUCGACAAUUUCGGAUGCUCAAGAUAAAAAAGAACCUAAAAAUACAGAAUCAAAGAGCCCGGUGUCUAAUAAUCUAAAUAAGACUCUUUCUUCUAGUUCAGAGAAAAACUUAACUGUAAAUCUGAAACCAACAGAGUCAGUAUCUCCACCGAUUUCACCUACCUUUAUAGGUAAAAAACCAAAGAAAGCUGUCGGAAUAGUUAAUGAUCGCGUCAAGAAGUUUGAAAAUGAGGCUAAAUCUGCUGCGAAAACCCCGGUCCCGAUCAAAAGAUCUUCAAUUCAAAUGUCACCUUUUAUUAAAGAAGCCACAUCGAUUUCCGCUAAAAGAUCUUCAACACAAAUGAAUCAGCCUGGUAAAGAACCCACGCCAAUUCCUAUUAAAAGAUCUUCAAUACAAAUUCCUGCAACCUUUAGUAAGGAUGUAAAUAGUAAACCAUUGGGCGAUUCACCGCUACGUGGAAGUGUAAGUUCUAAAACAUCAUCUCGUCCAGCAUCACCAAUUUCGCCAAUUAAACAGAAUGCUACAAAGAUAGAAGAAAUCAAGGCGAACUUGACUGGCGUAAAAAAGAGUGAAGAAAAGAACGAACAAGAAUCCCUACCGUCGAUCUCAGUAACACCUUCUAAUCGUGAAUCAGUUGCACCAAUCACAGUUAAAAAUUUACCAAACAACAAUAAUGAUAAAGAACCUGAUUCUGCUCGUGAUUCAGAAUCUGAACUAUCCAAUAUACAAGUUGCAGUUAAAGUUAACGUCGCUCGAAAACAAGUAGCAAGUUUCUCCGCAGUUAAAGAUUCAAAUCAAGACUCCGAAAAUAACUUUAGUGCUCCUAGUACACCUAAAUUCGGCGUGUCAAAUGAUAAAAAUCAAGAUAACUUUAGUGCUCCUAGCACGCCUAAAUUCGACGCAGCUGCGGAAAUGUCAGAUGACAACGAUUCGAUAUAUGUUGAUCCAGAGUCCAAUACAUCAUCAGCUAGAUCUUCUUUGUCUUCUGGAAAAUCAGCCACCACUUUGGUCGCCAACACAAACUCUGCACCCAAAGACUCUGCACCCGAAACGUAUAGAAGUUCCACAUUAAGUUUGUUUGAUCUAUAUGGAAGUUCAGAGGAUAACUACCGUAAAAGUCAACAGUCGGGCUUUAAAAAAACUUUGAAUCGUACCGGUACUACGAUUAUGCAAAGGACCGGUGCGAUUGAAAAGACGGUCGACCGAGAGUUUGAUGAAGAAGAACGAAGAAUUAAAAACUUACAACAAAAAUCCGAAAAGCUCCACAAAGAAGCAAAAGGAUACCUGGAUUCUGUACGCGCAAUGACCGCAGCUCAAAUACGGAUUGCCGAAACGAUUGAUAAUUUUUAUGAGGAUUCUGAUAAUGCACUUGUGGGAGCAAAAUAUAAAAAAGCAGUUGAAAAAUUAGAUACUGAAUGUCGUAAUUUUAUGGACGAACCGUAUCGUCAAACAGUAUUAGAUCCGCUUGGUCGUUUCUGCGCCUACUUUCCCGAUAUUAACGAGAGCAUUAAACGUCGUCAUAAGAAAUUAUUGGAUUACGAUGCGAUGCGCUCAAAAGUUCGAAAGUUGGUUGAAAAACCAUCGGAUGAUCCGACUAAAUUACCGAGGGUGGAACAACAAGCAGAAACAGCUCGAGAAACGUAUGAAUCACUCAACUCGAAACUCUUGGAAGAAUUGCCACAACUAAUUGAUUUGCGAGUGGAUUAUAUAGAUCCAACAUUUGAAGCAUUUGUGAAAAUUCAAUUGAAGUUUUGCCAGGAAAGUUAUGAACAAUUGGAUGCAUUACAACAAUAUUUCCCGGAGGAUAGACAUCAUGAUGGUCAAAUUGAGGAAGUGCUGCAACAGAUGAGGGAUUUGGCUAUUUGUGGAAUGGGAUAA